AUGGCGGAGGAAGGAAUAGCUGAAACGCCAUGCCGACAUGCCAGGGACCGGCGAGCGACGUCCCCCGGAGAUAUAUCGGUGAGUCUGUUGUCGCUGGUGGUGACUGCCUGCGGCUUGGCCCUGUUUGGGGUCUCCCUGUUUGUCUCCUGGAAGCUCUGCUGGAUACCAUGGAGGGAGCGUGUGCUCUCCCCCACCGCCAAGGAGGCGCAUGGGCUCCUCAACCCCAUCAUGAGCCCUCUGUCGUCGCGGAUGGCACCCAGGCAGCCGGUCUACACAGCCGUGGACCCCCCGGCUCACAACCACCGUGAGUCAUCGCCGCACGGCUCCAUCGCCAGAGAGCCCACUCCCGUGGCGUCCGUGGUGUCAGUCGAGGCUCCGGAAACGCCAGUAUCACCGCCGCCCGUCGUCAUGGCCACGCCGGAGGCAGCUAUGAAGAUCAGCCACACGUCUCCAGACAUCCCUCUGGACGCCCAGACUAAGAGCCGGGAAAAUGGAGUUCUCACCAACCCACGUAUGCAGAGACAGACCAAUGAACCCCCAACACCCUCCGGACACUUAAUAUCUGAAAUUGGACAAGGGUCCAUUCGUAGGCAUAUGAACUUGUCGAACCCCGACUUCAACGUGUCCCAGUUCCAACGACAGGACUCUCUCACGGGAAUGGGUCUGGGCCUCGGUCGCCUCAAACCUGAACUCUACAAACAGCGCUCCCUCGAGGGAGAGGACGGCAGCCGCCGAGGCGGGGGUUGUGGCCGCCUCCACUUUAUCCUCAAGUUUGACUGCGAGCUGGAACAAUUGAUAGUUAAGAUCCACAAAGCGGAGCAACUCCCAGCCAAGGACUUCUCUGGCACCUCCGACCCUUACGUGAAGAUCUACCUGCUCCCCGAUCGCCAGACCAAGCACCAGACCAAGGUGCACCGCAAGACGCUGAAUCCGGUGUUUGACGAGGUCUUCCUGUUUCCCGUGGCGUACUCUGAGCUUCCCACACGCAAGCUGCACUUCAGUGUCUAUGACUUUGAUCGGUUCUCCCGCCAUGAUAUUAUCGGCCAAGUGGUUGUGGACAACUUCCUGGAUCUGGCAGAUUUCCCCAGGGAGACCAAACUCUGCAGGGACAUCCAGUACGUCUCCACGGAUAACGUGGAUCUCGGGGACCUGAUGUUGUCGCUGUGUUACUUGCCCACCGCCGGCAGGUUGACCAUCACCAUGAUAAAGGCCCGCAACCUCAAGGCCAUGGAUAUCACCGGUGCAUCUGAUCCGUAUGUGAAGGUUUCGCUGAUGUGUGACGGUCGCAGACUGAAGAAGAGGAAGACGUCGACAAAGAGGAACACUUUGAAUCCGGUCUAUAAUGAGGCCAUUGUCUUUGAUGUGCCUCCAGAAAAUAUAGAGCAGAUCAGCCUUUUGAUUGCAGUGAUGGACUAUGACCGCGUCGGCCAUAAUGAAGUCAUUGGAGUGUGUCGAGUUGGCAAUGAUGCAGACAGCCUGGGUCGAGACCACUGGAGUGAAAUGCUCACGUGUCCCCGGAAACCUGUCGCCCACUGGCAUCCAAUCGUUGAGUACCAAGGGACGAGUAGCCAGGGAGGCUCCUGUAACUCUCUGAAGACGCCUCCCUCUCCGUAGCCCUGAGCAACAUAUCAGAGCACCGAUCCACCUGAAGCCUUGGCUGAAACCUUUGGACAAUAGUGCUGCACACAUAUGGUCGUACUAGAAUAAUGCAUACAUUGAUAAACUACUGAAAAGAGAGACACAAACUGUCUCGAGUUCUGCUCAAUAGGAUCAGAUGCAUGUUGAAUGAUCGCAAAGAUGGAUGUUUUCUUUUCUAUAAAGUUCCAAAAGAAAAAUAUAACAGGCGUAUGCAGACAUUUUAAGUCUGUGCUGUUCCUGGCUUUAUACGGUAGUUACUGUUUUUUACAUAGUCUUGUCACUUGUUUUAAUGAGGUGAGUCUGUAUUUGCACAAUGUCCUUACAACCAGUUGAACUGCCAGACUGUUUUCUUUUUUUAUUUGUUGAUGAAUUGAUGCAUGAGGUCAUGGUUCGGUGUGGGGUAUCUCUUUCUCUCUUUGUUUCUGUUUCUAUUUUUGGGAAUAGGAUGUGUCGUUCUGUCAGUUGAUGUACAGUGAUGGUUGGUUUCUAGACAGAGGAUCUGUGAGAAAAAUCUG